UUUCCUUCUUUUUUAAUAGGGGUGUAUAUAUGUCUCUGUGCGUGUUAAAAAAAAAAACUACAGAAAACGUCGACAGACAACCCUGGAGAGAAGGAAGACAACUACAACCCCCAGAAUGCAUAGAGGGAGAGAAGGAACGGGGUGGUAGUGGAAAGGCGAGGCUGCGGCGCGUGCGCACAACCUCGCUUCAUCCUCUGCUGGGAGGCGGUGGCGGCGGCGGCGGCACGAUGCCCCGCGACAACAUGGCCUCCCUAAUCCAGCGGGUCGCCCGGCAGGCCCGCGUCACGUUCCGCCCGCCGGGUGUUAACAAUAACAGCAGUGUAGGGGGAGGGGAAACUGGCUCCGACGGGCCGCGUUUCGUGGAGAACCUCCACCGCCUACAGCAGCUGCUGAACGAGGUGCGGGCCGAGGAUCUGCGUUUGGCCCCGCGGGGUCCGUCGGCGGUACCGGGGCUGGUGCAGCCCCCCGUCAGUUAUAUGCACAUCUGCGAGACGGAGAGCUUCAGCAUGGGCGUCUUCGUCCUGCGCGCCGGCGCCUGCAUCCCGCUCCACGACCACCCAGGAAUGAACGGGCUGCUCAAGGUGCUCUACGGCACGUUGCGUAUUGCCUGCUUCGACACCCUCCUUGGCGCCCCCGCCGCAGACGGGGAUGGAGGAGGAAGUACCACCACCACCUCCGGGUCGUCCUCGACAGUGGCGCCCCCGAAACCCGGCUCUUCGCGGCGGCGGCACCGCGCCUUGCUCCGCUCGCACCAGCUCUACACGCCCGCCUCUCCCCCGUGCCUCCUGUCGCCGCACACCGACAACCUGCACCAGAUCGACGCCGUGGGCGGACCCGCCGCUUUCCUCGACAUCCUCGCGCCUCCCUACGACCCAGAGCACGGGCGGGACUGCCACUAUUACCGCCUGCUGGACGGGCAAAGCCUACCCCCGCCAGUCGCCGACCCCCAGGGUCUCCCCAAGGAAGUGUGGCUGCUGGAGACACCCCAGGCGGCAGAUUUCUGGUGCGGGGGCGAGCCCUAUCCAGGCCCCCAGGUUUCCCCUUGAAGGGCAGGCUCAGCCUUGCCUCCAACCCCUGGCGAGACUGACCUAGGCUUCUUGUCUGCCUGCUCCAAUUUAAGGGACCGCUGGAAGACGUCCGAGCCAUUGUCUCCUCCCUGAUGCCCACCUUGAAGAAGGAGAGAGUUUCUGCCAGGCCCCUCCACUCGUUUGAUUUAAGAAAUUGUGAUGAUGAUGCACCCAGGAUCGCAAAGCCAUAGUAAUCCUGGCCUUUUCUUGGCCAGAUACUUUUGAGUAAUAACAGCUGGCAGCAGCAUCCUUGCACCAACGUGACUGACCACACAAAAUGCCCCUAUUUUACAAGGAGGGGUGACUUCUUUUGUUUUAGGGAGUUAAAUAAGUCUGUAUCUGCUGCUGCUUCUGGUUCAACCUCUUAGAGCCUCAAAGAGCCUCAAGAAUUGAAAUCCAUUGGCUAGAGCAGUGGGUAGGUCUGCAGACAUGGCAUUAAAUGAAGAGUUAUGGAAGGAAAACAGGUCAUCCUGCAUCUAUUCCAAACCCACAUUUCAAAUGAUAAGUUUUUUUGUAAUUUUUUGUAGAGUGGAUAUUCCCCCCCCCUUCCCAAUAGCACAACAGCUAACUGCUACUCAGCAUACAAACUGAGACAACUUCAGCUGUCCCCUGCCUCUUCAGGCCAGUAAUAUGGCCUGAGCUGUGUUGCUGUAGAUGUCUCAGCUGCAUGGAGCGGAGAAAGAAACCAUCACCCACUCAGGAUACAGAUUAGAUCCUACACCCCUUCCUGCUGGGAAGCAACUACAAAAUCCAGAGACUUCCUCUCCAGUCUAUGAGCGCAAAGCAGUCAGGUGCCAUUAUAUUUAUACCUACCAACUGAUGUGAAGAUGUGGAAGAAUAGUAUUGUUUAAAGAUUUCAGGCAUCUGUAUGUUUUAAAAACAAAGCAACACUACUUGGCUUAAUAUAGAAAAAGACCUUGGACAGUGAACCUUCAUUCUUCCCCCCCUUUUUUUUGUUUUUUUGCUACAGAUGAAAAAAAUAAUGGCAAUAAGAAUUCUUGCCUGAUGCUUGCUAAGUUCAUUCCCUAUGAAUGGUCCAAAAUAAUUUUCCAGUGGCUCCCAUGUUGAUUCUGCUCUUUCUCUCAUGGAUGGAUUUGGGAGGAAAUUUAUGCUGAAGAACCCAGAAAGAUACUAAAUUGGCUGGAGCAGACAGCAAUUUGAUAUAUAAUUGAAAUUUCAGGUUGCAUUCCAUGCAAGGAUGUUGCCAGCUUUGAGAUGAUCCUUGGAAGAAAAAAAUAUUGAUGUGUUAAGAAUGAUUUUUCGAUAUUAAAAAGUGAGAAUUCCUGAUUA